AUGAGCUGUGCCCCUAAUGCUUCCCAUUCUCCAGUCUUCUUGCUCCUUGGGUUCUUGAAGGCUGAUGUCCCCCACAGCCUCCUUUUUCUCCUGUUCCUGGCUAUUUACCUAACUACCAUCCUGGGGAAUGUGACUCUGGUGUUUCUCAUCUCCUGGGACCCCAGGCUCCACUCACCUAUGUAUUACCUGCUCCGCGGGCUUUCUGUGAUAGACCUGGGACUCUCCACAGUCAUCCUGCCCCAGCUGUUGGUCCAUCUGGCAUCCGAUUCCCCAGCUGUUCCUGCUGCCCGCUGCUUGGCUCAGUUCUUCUUCUUCUAUGUGUUUGGAGUUACAGACACACUUAUCAUUGCUGUCAUGGCUCUGGACCGCUACGUGGCCAUCUGUGACCCUCUACACUAUGCUUUGGUGAUGAAUCGCCAACUCUGUGCCCGCCUACUGGCCUUGAGCUGGGCUGUGUCCAUAAUGCACACCAUGCUGCACGUGGGUCUCCUCCUGCCCUUGUGUUGGUCUGGGGACGCUGGGGGACAUGUUCACCUUCCCCAUUUCUUCUGUGAUCACCGGCCACUUCUGAGAGCCUCAUACUCUGAUACACAUUCCAAUGAGCUGGCCAUAUUCUUUGAGGGCGGAUUCCUCAUGCUGGGCCCCUGUGCCCUCAUUAUACUUUCUUAUGCCCAAAUUGGAGUUACCAUCUUACGUUUGCCUUCAGCUUCUGGUCGCCGUCGAGCCAUCUCCACUUGUGGGUCCCAUCUCACCAUGGUUGGCUUCCUCUAUGGCACCAUCAUCUGGGUCUACUUCCAACCUCCCUCUCAGAAGUCCCAGAAGCAGGACAUGGUGGCUUCGGUCAUGUACACUGCCAUUACACCAUUGGCCAACCCAUUUGUGUAUAGUCUCCGAAACAAGGAUGUUAAGAGUGCACUCCGCAGGCUGCUUAUAAAGGGGAGAGUGGACUCCUGA